UAAACCCUAACAAAUCACAAAGCAAAAGCCCACAAGAAGAAAAUAGAAACCAAUAAAUCUCUCAAAAUGGCAAACAGUUAUUUAUUUCCUCUGUUUCUCUCUCUUAUCGUCAUCUCCUCUGUUUCAGCUAACUUCCAAAGAGACGUAGAGAUAACAUGGGGAGAUGGACGUGGACAGAUCACAAACAAUGGAGAGCUUCUCACUUUAUCUCUAGACAAAUCCUCUGGCUCUGGCUUCCAAUCCAAAAACGAGUACUUGUUUGGUAAAAUCGACAUGCAAAUGAAACUCGUCCCUGGAAACUCAGCAGGAACUGUCACAACACUCUACUUGAAAUCACCUGGAACAACAUGGGACGAGAUUGAUUUCGAGUUUCUUGGGAAUCUAAGUGGAGAUCCUUACACACUUCACACGAAUGUCUACACACAAGGCAAAGGCGACAAAGAACAGCAGUUCAAACUCUGGUUCGACCCAACAGCUGAUUUCCACACUUACACCAUUCUAUGGAACCCACAACGAAUCAUUUUCACCGUCGAUGGAACUCCCAUUAGAGAAUUCAAGAACAUGGAAUCUAUUGGCACUCUCUUCCCCAAGAACCGACCAAUGAGAAUGUACUCUAGUCUUUGGAACGCUGAUGAUUGGGCCACGAGAGGUGGUUUGGUCAAAACCGAUUGGUCUAAAGCUCCUUUCACUGCCUCGUACCGUGGCUUCAACCAAGAAGCUUGUGUUUGGUCGAAUGGCAAGUCGUCUUGUCCUGAUGUCUCGAAACAAGGGACCACUGGCUCGUGGUUGUCCCAGGAGCUUGACUCAACUGCUCAAGAAAGGAUGAGAUGGGUGCAGAGGAACUACAUGAUCUAUAAUUAUUGUACGGAUGCGAAGAGAUUUCCUCAAGGUCUUCCAAAGGAGUGCUUAGCUGCGUAGAGAGUUGAGACUGGAACCAAAUGAUAUGUUUUCUUUAUUGUUAUAAAAUUAUAUUCAUUUAUAUUGUAUAUUUUUUUUCAUUUAUAUUUAUAUUGUAGAUCAUAUGAAUUUAUUGAUUUGUUUGCAGCGUAAUUAAUAAGAAUUAAUACUCCCUCCGCAUUGU